GCUCAUCUCCUCCGCCCUGGCUCCGCUCCGCCCUCCUCCUAUUAAUCUGCAGUCCCGCCCACCCCGGGCGGACCCGCUCGCCGCGAGGGCCUCUGGGAAGAGGCGGGGAACAAUAUGGCGGAUGGCGAGGAGCCAAUGGCUGUUGAUGGUGGGUGUGGGGACACUGGAGACUGGGAAGGUCGCUGGAACCAUGUAAAGAAGUUCCUCGAGCGGUCCGGACCCUUCACACACCCUGAUUUCGAACCGAGCACUGAAUCACUCCAGUUCUUGUUAGAUACAUGUAAAGUUCUAGUCAUUGGAGCUGGUGGCUUAGGAUGUGAGCUACUGAAAAAUCUGGCAUUGUCUGGUUUUAGACAGAUUCAUGUUAUAGACAUGGACACUAUAGAUGUUUCCAAUUUAAAUAGGCAGUUUUUAUUUAGGCCUAAAGAUGUUGGAAGACCCAAGGCUGAAGUUGCUGCAGAAUUCCUGAAUGACAGAGUUCCUAACUGCAACGUGGUCCCACAUUUCAACAAGAUUCAAGAUUUUAACGACACUUUCUACCGACAAUUUCAUAUUAUCGUAUGUGGCCUGGACUCUAUCAUAGCCAGGAGAUGGAUCAAUGGAAUGCUGAUAUCUCUUCUAAAUUAUGAAGAUGGUGUGUUGGAUCCAAGCUCCAUCGUACCUUUGAUAGAUGGGGGCACAGAAGGCUUUAAAGGGAAUGCCCGAGUGAUUUUGCCUGGAAUGACCGCUUGUAUUGAGUGCACUCUGGAACUUUACCCACCACAGGUCAAUUUCCCCAUGUGUACCAUUGCAUCUAUGCCCAGGCUCCCAGAGCACUGUAUCGAGUAUGUAAGGAUGUUGCAGUGGCCUAAAGAGCAGCCUUUUGGAGAUGGGGUUCCAUUAGACGGAGAUGACCCUGAACAUAUUCAGUGGAUUUUCCAAAAGUCUGUAGAGAGAGCAUCACAAUAUAAUAUUAGAGGUGUUACCUACAGACUCACUCAAGGGGUAGUAAAACGAAUCAUUCCCGCAGUAGCUUCUACAAAUGCAGUCAUUGCAGCUGUGUGUGCCACUGAGGUUUUCAAGAUAGCUACAAGUGCGUACAUUCCCCUUAAUAAUUACUUAGUAUUCAAUGAUGUAGAUGGACUGUACACUUACACAUUUGAAGCAGAGAGAAAGGAGAACUGCCCUGCGUGUAGCCAGCUUCCUCAAAACAUCCAGUUCUCCCCAUCAGCUAAACUGCAAGAGGUGUUAGACUAUCUAACCAAUAGUGCUUCUCUGCAAAUGAAGUCUCCAGCUAUUACAGCCACAUUAGAGGGGAAAAACAGGACACUUUAUUUACAGUCAGUAACGUCUAUUGAAGAACGAACGAGACCGAAUCUUUCCAAAACAUUAAAAGAACUGGGACUAGUUGAUGGACAAGAACUGGCUGUUGCUGACGUCACCACACCACAAACUGUACUAUUCAAACUUCAUUUUACUUAAGGAAAAUAAAUCUGCACAUAAUAGAAUUCAUAGAAAUAAUAUGCUUUAUAAAUGUUAUGCAAUUGAAGAGCCGGGAAGAUGAGGCAGAGGGGAACACCCAAGAAAGGAAAUUUAAUUGAUGUCAUUUUUAGCAUUAGUGUGGCUAGAAUUUGACUUUUUAUAUAUACAUAUAUAUAAAAAAUGAAUGACUCUUUUUUAACUUUAUAAGUUUCUCUUGAAGACUGAACUUCUGGGUUGGGCUAGUAAGCAUUUUCAUUUUAGUAAUAUUGAAAACCAUGCCUCCAGGAAAGAUUAUGAACAAAUGUCCUGCUUCUUUAAAGCAGGACAAACACUGUCUUUUUGUGUGAGUUUGUUAUGGUCAAACAACAUAUUCCUCAGCUUGCAUUUGAGCAUCCACCUGUAUAGAAAUGUAUUCUUGAAUGGAAAUGAGGAAUUAUGUCUUAAGAACAUUAAAUAUUUACAACCUGACAUCUAGAGAUAUCAAACAUAGGCAAUUUCUUCAUUACUACUCAUAUAAUUGUGACUGUCCAUGUGUGUAUUAAUUAUUGCAGAGUUUAACUUGUCCAUGAUAAUUUGUAAACAGUAUUAUAGAGUCAUACCUGUGCAUGAAAAUACAAAAUAUUUUCAUGUAUUUAUUUGCAAUGCCACAGAGACCAGUAUGCACAAAUUUAAACCAAGACAUGGCUGUUCAAAGAAAUUAAUGUUUCAACAGUUAUCAUUGAUGCUUUUGCACUAUUUAUUAAUAAAAUUGUACAUUGUCUACUUUUUAUUGAAAAA